AUACACCAAAAUAUAAACACUGGAAUUUUGACAUGGAAACCCAAAUCGGGAGAAAACCACAAGCCUUUUUAGGCGGUACCUUGCCAAUGGGGGAUUUUUAUUUAUAUCAGGGGUUGUACACGGCAGAUGGACACUCGCGCUCUUCUAUCUCUGUUCAUUCAUUGUGGUGGUGAUUGGGUUGAAAAUGAGAAAAGCGAAAUCCAGUUUAAACGAAACAAGCAAAGUAAGACACAAGUGAUCGAGUGGGAAAGAAGUAAUGAAGACUUCAAUGCCCUUCUCAUGUGUAUUUAUCGGGAAUUUGGAUUGCAACAAAGUAAGCAUCAACUUCAGGUUUCGUACCAAUCUUCUCGGUUCGGUAGGGAAUUGCCACCUGUCAUAAUUUCCAGUGAUAAGGCGUUGGGUUGUUUCCUGAGGGAUAAAGAUGUACAUUCUACAUGCUUAUGUGUUGUGGUGACUGAAAUCGAGGAAAGAGAGCUUGAAAAUGAAAUUGUCAAGCAACAACAUGCAAUUGAUGAAAACGAAAAGGAAGAUCAAAAUGGCAAAAAACAUGAUUGUGUCUUCCGUGAUGUAUAUUUUGAUUGCAACUUAGUAUUUGAUAAAGGAUCAGGGCAUGGACAUGAUGGGGUUGUACUUAAUGAUGAACCAAAUGCGAAUGUGGAGACAUUCCAUUGCAUAGGAUCCAACUGCACUCCUAACUCUCCCCAACCUAAUCAUGAGGUUGAGGUUGAGGUUCCCAAGAGUACGCAGGAGAAAGUUGAUGUGGAGGUUGAAAUUAAAAAUACUACACAAGAGCAUGUUGGUGUAGAGGUUGAACACUACACUCGAUUUCCAGAUGAUUUUGAUUUUCCUGUCGGUGAAGUAGAUGGCGAAGGUGAGUCGGAUGGAACAUUUGGCGACGGCUCAGACCUGUGUGUUGGGUAUGAGUUUGCCUGCGAGGCUGAUCUAAAGCGGAAAAUGACAGAGGUAGCCAUUGUUGGUUGCUUCGAAACAAAGACUAAAAAGAGUGAUACAACUCGAUAUAUUCUGCGUUGCAGGAGUGCUAACUGUAGUUGGAUGAUGCGUGCAUUUUCCGCAAAGGACUCUCCUAGAUUUAUAAUCAAAAAGUACAACAAGUUGCACAAUUGUGCCGUUGGUGAACGAAAGCGCAAUCAUAGACAAACUACGUCGAGGUACGUUGGGGAGAUUGUCUUGGCUACUCUAGGUGGUUCUCGGGAACACAUUAAGCCAAAGACAAUCAUGACACUUAUGCAAAAUAAGAGCAUGCCCAUAACAUAUACAAAGGCUUGGCUAGGUAGGAAAUUUGCAAACGAAAAGUUGUAUGGGAAACCAUGCGACAACUAUGCGAAACUUCCUUUAUAUCUGCACGUGUUGAAGGAGGCAAACAAUGGAAGAGUAUACACUAAUCUAGAGGUCGAUGAUGAUGGUUGUUUUAAGUAUGUCUUCAUAGCCUUUCACGCAUGUACUUCAGGUUUUAAGUUCCUCAGACAAGUAAUCUCUGUUGAUGGCACGUUCUGCAAAACACUUGAAAAAGGUGUUUUACUAAUUGCNGGGAAACCAUGCGACAACUAUGCGAAACUUCCUUUAUAUCUGCACGUGUUGAAGGAGGCAAACAAUGGAAGAGUAUACACUAAUCUAGAGGUCGAUGAUGAUGGUUGUUUUAAGAUUUUUAAGGAAUUUGAGGACAGGUAUCCCAUUGGAGCUAGGUACAUAAGUACUAUUCCGAAGGAAAGGUGGGCAAGGGCUUUUUUCAAGACAAACCGUUACAAUAUAAUGACGACAAAUGGGACAGAGAGUGUUAACAGCGUCCUACGACACACCAGAACACUACCCAUCCUAGCAUUGUUGAACGGAAUGCAAUCGAAGACUGCCGAGUGGCGGGGGAAACGGCAUAGAGAGUUGAAUGCUCUACAAAACUCUAGCAGUCCGCUCACUCCAGAUGCAGAAGCCUACCUUCGUAGGCGGUACCCUAUUGCUUUGAAGCUUUCGACAUGCUUGACGGAUGAUAUCGCGAGGGAACUGGAGAUAAAUGCGUACGACCUUUGUGAUAUUAGGUACACCAGAGGUCACGUCCACCUAGCAUACGGAGAAACAAUAUAUCCAGUAUCGGCAUAUGAGGAGUGGUCUGCCAAUGGUCUAUCUCUCCAGCAUGUAAAACCACCAAAAACGAAAAAGAAAAGGGGGAAGCCACAAACAAAGCGCAUUCCAUCAGCGGGAGAGAAGAGAAGGACUUCCGAUUUGACUUGCUCUAGAUGUCAUAACAAGGGACAUACAAUACGGACUUGCAGAAAAAAUACACAAGAACAACCAGAAGCAGAAGAAAACACACAAGAAACAGAUUCUGAUAUCGAACCCGAAACACAGUCUGAUAAUGGAGAAGAAAUUUAGUCGACCUUAAAAUCGACCAGUCAACAUUGUUCGACCGGAAUAAGGGGUCGAUCAAGAAGGAAUUAUUUUCUACUAUUCUUCAUAUAUUCUUUUCAUCUCCACAUCUUUUGACUUUCUCACUAAAAUAAUAUAUGACGUUUUUCAUAUAUGUUCAAUAAAAUAAUUAAUAAAUUUUUAUUUUAAAUCUAUUCAUCAUUUUCUUUUAUACUAAUUUUAAACAUCAAAGAAGAGUUCAAAACUAGCAUUGAAAAGAAAAUAUAAUGCAUCUACAUUA